AUGAGUGUAAGCUUUUCAGUCUGUCCCUUUGCGCCCGCGUUUUUCCGUCCCGUCGCCCACGCGAUCUCCUCUCGCCUCCCUUACCCACGCGAUUGUUGCCGCCCUUCCGUGGCUCGUCCCGCUGCCUUCUCAUCGCCCAUCCCACCGUCCAUCCCGUCGCCCAUACCAUCGCCCAUCUCGUCGCCCAUCCCGUCGCCCAUCCCGUCGUCGAUCCCGUCGCCCAUCCCGUCGCCCCUCCCUCCGCCCUUCCUAUCUCCCCUCGCCUAUCCUCUCCCCCGUCGCCCUUUCUCUCCCCCGUUGCCCUUUCUCUCCCCCGUCGCCCUUUCUCUCUCCCGUCGCCCUUUCUCUGUCACGUCGCCCUUUUUCUCUCCCGUCGCCCUUGCUCUCUCCCGUCGCCCUUUCUCUGUCACGUCGCCCUUUCUCUUUCUUGUUGCCCUCCCUCCCGUCGCCCUUUAUCUCUCCCGUCGCCGAUCCUCUCUCCCGUCGCCCUUCCUUUCUCCCGUCGCCUAUCCUCUCUCCCGUCGCCCUUUAUCUCUCCCGUCGCCUAUCCUCUCUCCCUCGAAACAGUCAUCGCCCUUCCUCUCUCCCCUCCCGUCACCCACCUCGGUGCCCUGGCGCUCGCCCCGAAAUGCCUGCCCGUCGCCCUUCGUUUCUCCCCUCCCAUCACCCAUCUCGGCACCUUCGCGCUCGCCCCGAAAUGCCUCAGGUCCAUGUCUGAGGCGUUCGUUGUGCGUGAAUUGCACACGCAAAAACUGUUGA